AUGUCUUAACUGUAAUAUCAAUCCUCUGGAGAUUCUCCCAUUGUGGCGUUUUAAGAAGAUAAUGGUGAACUUGAUUCCUUUUUUGCCAAAAUGAAGAGUGUGGGUUGGAAUUAGGCUUCCUUUGAUGAAGAGCAUUAAAAAUUAGCAACUUACAAUGAAAUCAUGAUAUUUUUUGUUAAAGUCUUUGUCUUAUUGGCGUUAAUGCUCACUACUUUUUAUGUGAUGGCUUUUAUUUUUUUGGUUAAAAAGGUACAAAUAAUAAAAAAUGGCGAAAUUGUUCAAUAUCAUUUUAUUAUUUAUAUAUUAAGCUGUGUAAUUACUAUAUUAAUGGGAAGGUGGGCUUAUUUUAGUGAAAGUUCUAGAAAGUUUCCCUUAAAUAUUUUUUGUUAUCUUUUUUUCACUUCAGGUGCAGCCUAUGUAUUUGGUUAGCCUCUAUCAUUGAUCUUAUAAGGUGGGUACUAUUCAGGCUAAGAUUGGAUAAUACUACUAUAUUUAUCUACUAUGACUUUAGGAACUUAUUUAUGCAUAAUAAUUUUCACAUUUUGUAGAUAAACUCCAUAAAAACCCUAUAUAAUUAUAUUCUCAGUUGUUGGUGUGAUGAUAUUUCUGUUAUUUAUAUUUCUUUUGACUGCUCCUUAUUAUCUUGGCCUAUUAGUAGCGAGUUUUGCUUGCCAUGUACUCUAUGGAUGCCUUCUUGUUAUUGAUAUAAAAUUGAUAACUUAAGGAAAAUUCUCACUGAGAACAAAUUAGUAUGUUUCCGGAGCUCUCUACUUGUACUUAGAUAUAACCUUCAUGAUUUUUUAUUUUAUUGGUUGCAUAUUGGCUCCUUUUGGAAAAUGCUGUGUUUUUAUGGGACAAUGCUGUGAAAUUUGUUGCAGAAUUAUUCCUCAUAAACAUUGA